CGGAUCAAAGCAGAGCUUCCUCUCCCCACCGCGAGUUCGCGAGGCCUGCAGAGCGUACGGGGCAUCGAUCGAUCAAGCGGCAAGAAUGGCGGCGACAGGGAGCGCUAAGAGCCGACGGUUCGCCGCGGCGUGCGGCGUUCUCAGCCGCUGCAUCAAAGCGGCGGAGGCGCGGCCGGCGGCCACCGUGGCUCUCCCCCUCAUGCCCGGAGCGGAAGUGCCCGCGCACGACGAGCACGCGGUGGGUCCUCUGCCGGAGCACGCACAGAUGACCAUCUUCUACGGCGGGCAGGUACUGGUGCUGGACGAGGUGCCGGCCGACAGGGCCGCCGAGCUGCUCCGUGUCGCUGCUGUCUCAGGCACAGCGCGAGGGAACUGCGAGGCAGCGGAUGGCGACCUGCCCAUGGCGAGGAAGGCGUCGCUGCAGCGGUUCAUGGAGAAGCGCAAGGGAAGGCUCGCCGAGCGCGCCGUCCCCUACAGCCGGCACGACGGCGACGCGUUCUCCUGUAGCCGUCUCACGCUUACGCUCUGAUUCGUGUUCACGCGUAGUAGAGUAGCCUGAGUAAAAACAAAAAAUUGAACAGAGACUGAGUAAUUUACAGUCCAUGUAAAUGUGUGGAUGUUGUUGUAGUAUACAAAUUCUAAAUUAUGAUCAGAAAAUAUUGCUGUCUUUGUUUUGACCAA